AUGGAUACCGGCGAGGGUGACAACGACGGCGGCCACGGUGGUAUCCUGGGGGGAGGCGGGAAGGCAGAUGACGUACCGGGGCACACGGCCCCUACCGCCGCGACCGCAGAGAACGGCGGGCAGCCGCCGGCAGCGGUUGCGCCUGCGAAAGCCACAGAGCCAUCGACAGCUGCUGUAGCUGGGGAAAUGACCAUUGCGAAGGCACGGACGGCCCUCUCAGAGCGCAUAGCGCAGCUGGAGCGGCAGUGGGGCGGCUGUACCGCCUCUGCUUCCGCCGGGUCGUAUAGCUGCCAUCGACCCCGCAAGACGCUGGCCCAGAUGAACCAGGAGGCUGUGUCGUACAUGCGGUCUGGCGACCCACUUGCCGCCGCCGCUGCGCUGACGCUGCUGAUGCGCACCUGCCGUACAAGCCGCCUGACGCACCGCGACCUGGCGGUGGCUCGUGCCAACCUGGCGGCGGCGCUGCUGGCGGCAGGCCUGGCGGAGGAGGUGCUGGCGGAGGUUGAGCCGCUCGUGGCGGAGCUGGAGGCGCGGCCGCCGGGGCUGCUGGACGCCCCCGCCCGGCGCUCACUCAUCCGGGGUCUGCUGCACCGUGGUAAGGCGCUCUCAGCUCUGGGCCGCCACUCCGCCGCCAUGGCCUCCCUGGAGCGAGGACUGGCCCUGGAGCCCCACCACCCGGAGUUGAGGAAGGAGCUGGAUGUUGUGGGGCGGGCGCUGAUGAAGCAGCUCAUGGCGGGUUGCUGUACGGAGACUCUCGCGCUCCCCGCACCCGAGCCGCGGCCGCUGGCGCUGUCGUACAGCGGCCCUGCCGCCAACGGGGCUGCGCUGCCCGGUAUCUCCGGUGGCCCCAAUGCGGUGGCUCUUCAGCUGCGUUGGGAGGAGCUGCUACCGGCCCGCCUGCUGCUACCGCGAGCUGCUGAGGUGGACGACCGUACACGGGACACCUACAACUUCGUCACCAUUGAGACCGAUCUCCGCAUGCCUAAACGCUGCCUGCGAGGGCUACACGACGACUCUCGCAUGGCUGCCGUACGUGAGGCAGUACAAGCCGCCGUGGCGGCGGCGCGCUACGGGGCCGGCGGUAUGGAAGGCGGCGAUGAGCGGGACGUCCGAGUACUGCUGCUGGGCUCGUGUGCGGGACUACUGGGGCUGGUGGCGCUGCGGGCGGGUGCGCUCCACGUGACGUGUGUCGAGAGGUGGCUUUACCUGGCCUCCGCUGCGGGUGAGGUGCUGGCAGGGUCUGGUGUAGCCCCCGAGCGCUACCGGGUGGUGUACCGGCGGCCCACUGAGCUGCAGCUGAAGGGGGACGUGCCAGUUUGCUGCAACGUGGUGCAGCCGCGGUACCGUUCAGUACGGCACCUUAAGCUGCCGUACCUGAGUCGCCGUUGUGGCGGACCAUUCCAGGUCGCCACCGAGCUCCUCGAUGACGGACUUCUCACCUGCGGGCUGCUGCCGGCUGUACGGCAUGCAGCGGCUGCGGGCCUUAUCACGCGCGACGCUGUAGUGGUGCCGGCAGCGGCGACGGUGUGGCUCCAGGCGGUGCAGGUCUCGGGUCCGCCGCCCCGGAAGACGGGCGGCCUGGACCUGCGCACGCUGGAUCGAUACAGGUGGUGGCCCUCCCCAAGCCUGGGUAGGCCCCUGGCGGACGGAGCCUACACACCACUAUCGGAGCCCAAGGCCUGGCACUUUGACCUCAUGGAGUCAACCAACUCCAUCCAAGCUCGAACACUGGACCUGGAGCUCCAAGUCGCGGGCCGAUUCAAUGCCGUGUUGUACUGGUAUGAUGUACGGCUGUACGGUGACAUACGGCUUCUGACACAUGAGCCAGCUGCGCCGCAGCAGCGGGCCUCGAACCUCGAUGCUGGAGGUGACGGUGACGAUGAUGAUGACGAUGAUGAUAGUAAUAAUGGAGACAAUGAAGAGGGUGAUUGGGAGGCGGCGGCUGGGGCCGUUGCGGCCCGGUUGCCUACCGCGGCAGAGGAGCCACCGCCGAGUCCAGGAGCUCCAGUGGUGGCGGUUGCUGCUGGCAGGGACGACUGUCCCGUGGGUCAGUCCGUGAGGCCGCGGACCCUGCAAGCCGCCGUGCACUGGCUGCCGGGUCCUAUCCUCGUUCAGUCGGGAGACGUUCUGCCGCUGACGGUGUGCCACAACACCGUCGCAAUGCGGUUCGAGGUCCUCACUGCCGACUACCCGUGGCUGGUGGUGCGGGACCCCAGCCUGCCCCCCGUGCUGUGGAGCUCCCUGGCGGACACGCGGAGGCUGGCGGCGUACCGGAGGGCCAUUGGGCGAGCCGUGGAGCGGCUGCGGGGUGCAGGCUGCCCGGUCGUGGCUCUGGAUGUGGGCGCGGGCAGUGUGGCCCUGGCCCUGGCCGCAGCCGCUGCCGGAGCCGACAGUGUGGUGGCUGCGGAGGUGCACCCUGAGCUGGUGGCUGCGGCGCGGCGAUGCGCGGCGGAGAACGGCCUGGGCCAUAAGGUCAUACGCUCACGUGCUCACGUAUUUGGUCAAGGGUUGUAUGUGUGUCAGGCUGGGUGUAGCACCAUCCUCGGGGGGUGGGACACAGCUCACGAGGUGCCCACCAUCACCACCACUUUCAGCUCCAGCUCAUUGCAAUCUCCCGGUCCGAGUUCGGAACGCCUGUUGAAGCACUGCCACAUCCACGCUGCUGCACACCUGUCCGGCCGGCGCCUCCCCACGAUGGGUGUGUGUGCGAGUCUGUGGACGCUAGGUGCAGCAAACGUGACUGACAAAAGACAACAUUCUUUUGUAUCCGCUGUCAUGCAAUUCAUAUUCGGCAUGGAGGGAUGGAGGGACGAAGAGGCGGCUGAAGUGGUGGUGCCCCUGGUCGCAUUGGUUCCGGGUGACGUGGGAGAGAUCGUACGGGGACGAGAUCUACCGUACAGUGGUGCCAACCUCAUCAUAUUCGACCUGUUCGAUGCCGGACUGCUAGGUCACCGGGCACUGGCGACUCUGGAGUGUGUGAAGCGGCGGCUCGCGGGCGGAGGGGUGUGGCGGGCGGCAGGGCCCGAGCGGUGGGAAACACCCAAGCCGCAACAAGGGGAGAAACAGACGCAGAAGCAGCAAGAGGAGCAGGCGAAGGAGCAGGAGGUGGAUAGAGUUCUCGGCAGCACACGGCCAAGCGGCGGUGACGACAGCAGCGGCAAGGUCAUAGUCAUACCAGCUGCAGCUCGCGUGUGGGCCGUGGGCCUGGAGCUGCUUACUCGGCGGGUGUGCGGGGAAGACAUGUCACCCUUGAACAAGUACAGGUGGGACGACAAGUACGAAGCAGUGCGGCUUCAGGACAUGCCGUACCGGCAGCUUACCGUUCCUGUCCGAGUAUUGAACUUUGAUUUCGCCCAGCCACCAGUUGAUGGUAUUAGAGGAGGAGGAGGAGGAGGAGGAGGAGGGGGCGAUGCUGCGGUUUAUCCGUCGGUUGCCCGCGUGGAGGCGGAGAUCAUCGCCAAGGGUGCGUGGAGUUGCCUUUUCGGCAGCAUAAACCUCCUACAGUGCGAUGAAGGUUAUUUUGUAGGGCAAAACAUAAAGCAUGUUCCUCGCAGCUUUCAGUUAGCUCAGCCACCAGAGAGCGGUGCUGGGGUGCUGAACGCCGUGGCGUUUUGGUACGACCUCCAAAUGGACGAGGAAUCAGAGGAGCAAGUCUCCAACAUGCCCCCCGGCUUAUUCUCAACGGCGGCCGCCGCCGCCGCCGCCGCGGCAGCAGCAGCAGCGACCCCUGCUGCAGCGGGAGCAGCAGCUCCGGCAUCCGAAAGGAUCAUCAGCGCCACCGGCGCAGGCUACUGCUACAGCCGUCGCUACAGCCGCCGCUGCCAGGCGUUGCAGUACCUGGACUGCGCGGUGCCGGUUGCACCGGGUGUCGAUGACAGCAGCGGCGGCGGUUCAGGUUUCCGUACAGUCGUACUAACUGCGCAGCGGUCAGCGACAGGCAUCCGAUUCGCCUUGCGGCCUGGUGUCGGUCAAGUGCCAGUUCCCCGCCCGCCUUUCAAAGUCGAGUGGGGCGGGGGGGUCAGCAUCGAGAACCCUCACGUUCAGCGUGCACGCUACUGCCAGCUGCUGGUUUCGGAAUGGCUACAGCGCCUGCCGCGCAUCGGUAGCGGCGGCGGCGGCGGCAGCGCCACCUCCAUUACUACCGACCUGGCGCCGCUGUGGCGUCACUGCGGCAGCCUGGCGCUGGAUGCUGUCGUGCUGGCGGAGGUGACCCACCGGCUGACAUUGCUGGAGCGGCUGUACGGCAGGGCCACCGCUGGCGGCGCGGGACUGGGUUCGGACGGCAGGGAGGUGGCGGCGGCGGUGGGGAUGGCGGCGGGAGAGAAUGUGGAUAGAGAGGGAGACGGGGAGACGCGUGUGGGGCUGGUGAGGCCGGAGGAUGCCAAGGCGGAGGGAGCGGUGCCGCGAAAUGCUAUAUGA